ACUCAAUGGCGGGACUUUAGAGCGCACUGUGCCUCUCGAGAGUCUAUGGGUCCCGCAUUGUCCCGCCCCCGGUCCUCAGCAGCCGGCCUUAGGCCAAGGGGCCACACGCGGGCCUUUGUGACGCGGCGUUCCAGCCGUCAGUCCCCGCGCAUCACUGGAGCCUUGUAAGACCGCCAGGGGCUGCGCCGCGCACUUUCUGCCCUACUGGCGCGGCUCGCGGCUGCGGGAGCGGCCGGGCGACCGGAGGCAGGGGUGGCAUGAGCUACCACCAGCUACCAGUGGUGAUCGACAACGGCUCGGGAGUGAUCAAGGCGGGCCUGGCUGGGUCCCGGGAGCCUCAGUUUGUCUACCCCCACAUUAUCGGCCGGGCCAAAGGCAAGAGCUACGCCGCGGAAGGCGCGCUGGAGCUGUGUGUGGGCGACGAAGCACAGCCCCGAAGAAGCUCGCUGUCCAUCAGCUACCCAGUGGAGCGUGGUCUUGUUACUUCCUGGGGGGACACGGAGAUCACGUGGAAACAUAUCUAUGACCAUAAUCUGAAGCUAAAGCCUUGUGAUGGCCCAGUCUUGAUUACAGAGCCAGCACUGAACCCACUGGCGAACCGACAACAGAUCACCGAAGUGUUUUUUGAGCAGCUGGGCGUUCCUGCCUUCUAUAUGUCCAUCCAGGGUGUGCUGGCUCUCUUUGCUGCUGGCUUCACAACUGGCUUUGUGAUGAAUUCAGGCGCCGGGGUUACCCAGUGUGUGCCCAUCUUUGAAGGUUACUGUCUGCCUCAUGGUGUUCAGCAGUUAAAUCUGGCAGGCCUUGACCUCACCAACUACCUCAUGAGGCUUUUGAAAGACCAUGGCAUCAUGCUGCUUAGUGCUGAAGACAGAAAAAUUGUCGUCGAUAUUAAGGAAACUUCUUGUUAUGUGGCAAUGAACUAUGAAGAGGAAAGGGCCAAGAAACCUGCUAGUAUAGAGAAAGUUUACCAACUACCCGAUGGGAAGAUAAUCAAGCUCCAUAACCAGCUCUUUCAAUGUCCAGAGGCCCUCUUCAGUCCAUCUCUCAUGAACCUUGAGACUCCUGGCAUUGAUAAGAUGUGCUUCAGCAGCAUAAUGAAGUGUGAUACGGAUCUGAGGAAUUCCUUUUUCUCAAAUAUUGUCCUUGCUGGGGGAUCAACCUUGUUCCCAGGUUUAGAAAAGCGGCUAGUUAAAGAUAUAGCAAAGGUGGUGCCUGCCAAUACCUCUGUGCAAGUGAUAGCUCCCCCAGAAAGGAAAAUAUCGGUGUGGAUGGGAGGGUCUAUCCUUGCAUCCCUGUCUGCCUUUCAGGACAUGUGGAUCACUGCUGCAGAAUUUAAAGAAGUUGGACCCAACAUAGUACACCAAAGAUGCUUCUGAAUACAGAUAAAAUGGUUAGAAAAAAAAUGUUUUGAGUAUGUGGGACAGAAAACUUUGGAUAUUAUGUUUCUGGGAGAACAAAAUGUUUCAAUUAUUGGACAAUUAUUGUAAUGUCCAUGUCCCGUUGCAUUUCUAUAAUGGGGUAAAAUAAUGGUGAUCAGUCAGACAGAUGUUUAUUGAGUAGGACCAAAUUAAAUGCUAGAGGAAACAUUA